AUGGUUGCUGGCAGACCUUCUGCUGGACUUGAACUCAUAGCGACCGCAUUGAUGUCAGGUUACAUGGUUGAUUCCAUUGACAACGUCAUGAAGAAUGUCUUAACGGCUGCCGAUGAAGGAAGAACGAUGGAGAUGAAAGAGAUUUACGGUUCCUACACAAUGAAGGUUAUCUCGGCGGCUGCAUUUGGACUCGACAUAGAUACCCAAAAAGAUCCCAAUCAUCCAUUUAUUCAAAAUGCAAUCCAGGCCAUUGCUUCGUUUCUAGGCAACCCGAUAACGGUUUUUGCAAGCAUGUUCCCUGCAUUGACUCCGUUGGCCUCGUUGAUUUCUCUCUUUAGUCGACCAGCUCCUUCUAUAGGGUAUUUGGACUCCAUACUGACAUCAACGAUGAAAGAAAGACGACAGACUGGAAAAUCAGGGCGUAAAGAUCUCUUACAGCUAUUGAUUGACGCCAAACUAGAGGAUAGCCAAGUCAACCGUCACGAUGCGCCAAACGAAGGCAUAGCCAAGCGAGAUCUCAGCGACAUUGAAAUUCGAGCCCAAGCGAUCAUCUUCAUGUUGGCCGGAUACGAAACAACGGCUACUACUCUGUCGUUCAUGUCGUACCUGCUGGCUAACCAUCCGGACAUCCAAAAAAAACUGUGUAAAGAAAUCGACGACGUCUUGGAGGGGAAAACACCUGACUAUGAUAACAUCCAGCAAUUGCCCUAUUUAGAAAUGUGCCUGCACGAGAGCAUGAGACUGUUCCCGCCAAUUUUAAGAUUAAGCCGUGCAGCUGAGGAAGAUAUCUGCAUCAAAGGUUAUUUCCUACCCAAGGGCACCGGGGUUUCUGUUCCCGUCUUUGUUCUUCAGAGAGACCCCGAAUACUGGCCCAACCCUGACAAGUUUGACCCCGAAAGAUUCUCCCCACAGAAUCGGGACAAGAACCACCCUUUCGCUCUCGUUCCCUUUAGCGCCGGGCCACGCCACUGUGUUGGGAAAAGAAUGGCUUUAGUGGCGGCAAAAAUUGCCAUAGCAACAGUCCUGCAAAAAGUCAAUCUUGAAAUCUCCGCUGAAACUCAGAUCCCUGUCCAGCUUCAAAAAGACACCUUCAUCUGCACGGCUGAGCAUGGCAUUCAUCUGCGCGUGCGCAGGCGAAGCGCCAAAACCUCAUUUUAA